CUGGCUUCUAGUAGGUAGUUUUACUAACAACUAAACAGGACAUUUGUAGUUGGAGCUGAGGAGGAUAAUUCCUCCACCGCCCUUAGCCUGUUAGCCACCGGAACAAAAGGCGAUCUCCAUCCAAAUCCGCCACCAUGAUUAACACCUUCCGCCCCUCCCUUGAACCCCAGCAACUCAGUUCCUUAUCCUCCCUUCCAUUUUUCCGGUCCGAAAUUCAAAAACCCAAAUCCCUUCUUUCCCAUUUCACCCCUCAGAAACCCCCAAAACUCCCCUCAUUAUCCCACUCCAAUUCUCCCCACAAGAAUUCCACCAUAAAUGCCUGCGGCGCUUCAAACUGCGAAAUCGAUAUGGUAAGAAACAGGGAAGGCGUCUACUCAGCAAAGCCUAAAAAAGUUGUGGUCUUGUGGGACUUGGAUAACAAACCGCCGCGUGGGCCGCCGUACGAGGCGGCGAUGGCCCUGAAGAGGGUGGCCCAGCAUUUUGGCGAGGUGGUGGAUAUCUCGGCUUAUGCCAACCGCCAUGCUUUUAUUCAUCUGCCGCAGUGGGUCGUUGAAGAAAGGCGGGAAAGGAAGCGUAUUGACAUUAUGGAGCGUAAAGGUAUUUCUACUCCUUCUGAGCCUUACAUUUGUUCUGUCUGUGGCCGAAAAUGUAAAACCCAUUUCGAUUUAAAGAAGCAUUUUAAGCAAUUACACGAGAGGGAGAGGCAAAAGAAAGUGAACAGGAUGAGGCAGCUGAAAGGCAAGAAACGACAGCGGUUUAAGGAGAGGUUUAUCGAUGGAAAUGACAAGUAUAACGAGGCGGCAAGGACUUUGAUUUUCCCGAAAGUUGGGUAUGGAUUAGCCUCUGAGCUUAGGCGAGCUGGAGUUUUUGUGAAGACUGUGGAGGAUAAGCCCCAAGCUGCUGAUUGGGCAGUGAAAAGGCAAAUGCAGCAUUCAAUGAGUAGAGGGAUUGAUUGGUUGUUUUUGGUUUCGGAUGAUUCAGAUUUUUCUGAUAUGUUGAGGAAGGCCAGGGAGGCUAAUUUGGGGACUGUGGUUGUUGGUGAUGGGCACAGGGCAUUAGGGAAGCAGGCAGAUUUAUGGGUGCCAUGGGCUGGUGUACAGAAUGGGGAGAUCACUGAAGCUGAUUUGGUACCUAGGAGGAGGAGUGAAUUUACCGAGAAGAGUGACAGGAGGUUUUCGGUUAGUGAAUUUGAUGGAGGAUUAAACAGGGGGGAAAGUACGGUCAGCUUUGUGGAUGAGCUUUUUGGUAGUACGGAAUUUGGUGGAGUAAGAUAUUCUGCAUUUUCUGAAGGGGAGGAGGAAGACGAUGAGGACUGGCUAAGAAUUGAAAUCAGAAACUCCACUGAUGAUGGCGGCAAUGAUGAUGAGAACGGAGACUACUUGUUAGAUAGCGAGGAUGAAUGGACGCCAGAGGAUGGCUAUGUCUAAGUAAAUGCUAGAAUAGCCAUUCGUUUUGCUGUCACUAUGGUAUGAGGUUCAUAUUGAUUUUUUGAUUGAUGCAAAUUAUGCGGUAAAUGUUCUUGGGUGCAAGAAUUGAUUCUUAAUUAUGUGCUGAAUUGGCACCUAAGUAUUAUUGAUUCUCCAUUGAAGAUGUCAAAAUUUAUUGACUGAACUUAUCACGAGAGUUCACGCCUCGCGUACUUUUGGUCUCAGGUACUUGACCUUGUACCUGUUAACAUACACUUGGAAAACAAUUAUUAAUCAGAUGGCUAUUGUUUGGAGGAAUUACUUCCAAAAUCUUUGGUAAACCCAAUUGUACAUUUGUUACUGAACUUGAUUAUAUGUUGUAGUUUUUGAAUGUUUUUGUACAAUUUGUAGCAAUAGGAGCAAAGGUUUCUGGUCAUUUCCCAAAUAAGGUUUUACACCCUCUUUUUGCCAGUCAUUAUAUAUUUAUAUGUUAUCUGGACAUGCUGAUGCUGAUUGACUUCCUGCAUUUCUAUUUGUUGGGUCAGAAACCUGGUAAUGGUAUUCAAAUUAAACAACACGUAAGAUCCAGUGGGUAAUGAGUUUUGCAGAGUAGAUUUUCUCAAUAUUCUUUUUCAUUGAGUAUUUUGAAUAUGUAAUGAUCUAUCAAGGAUAAAACACUAAAUUAUGGCUCAUUGAAAACCUUUGACUAAUGAGCUUCUUGCUCUUUUAACAUAUUUGUAAGCCUCCGUAUAUGUUCCUAUUGCCGCUUUGAAUCAUCCAUUUCAGUUGAGAUUUUCAUACUCAUACUGUUCCAAAUGGCCUUGCGAUUUAUACUUUUCAUUUCAAAUUAUAUUCGCAUGAAUAUAAUUGUUACAUGGUGAGUUCUAGUCUGUUACGAAUACACUAUUAUAUAGUAGGGACUUCGUUACAAACAUAUUAAUUGUCUUAGGACUUAUGUGAUAGUGAAUGUAUUAUUAAGGUCUAGUUGUUAAUUAUUUCUAUUAGCUCUUUUAUGAUUAAACAGUAGAGCACUUCCUGUAAUGAGGAUUAUGAAGAAAAUGAAUUAAAAGUUCUGAAUUUUCUCUGUCCCAUUUCUCCUUCUUCCCCGUUCAACUCUCAUCCCCCCCUAACCAAGGGUCUCUUCCUCAACCUCUCUGAUUCUAACUCUAAUCUCCCCCUCUCACCAUUCUUUAUGCAUCAUAGUCUGAUAGAAAAUUUAAAAUGCCUGAUGCACUCUUUAGAAACUCCCAAGGGUUUGGGUAGUUCAAUGAUUCCUUCUUGCAAUAUGGAUUUGUAUCUGUCCAAACUGGUGCAGCUUAUUCAUAUUUAGGUUUGCAUUACUUUCUCAUUUUGUGCAAAAUACAUCAUUGCUAGUAAGGAAAGGGCUUCCACGACAAUGAGGUCCUUAAUGCAUGGGCUUGGACUUUAUUUGUGACAGUUCAUGUAGGCAUGGUCAUUCGGUCCUUCUUGAAGAUGGGCCCUUGUGGGCAGCCAAUGCGUAUAAGCAUGUUGUGAUCAAAUUCUCCAGCUGCUGUUUCCUGGUAAAUUGUACAUCAGGAGUUGUAUUUCUCAAAAUAGACUUUAGCUUCUUGAAAUCAUAGUCGGUGCAGCUUAAUGUACUAUAAGUCCCCAAAUGAUUGUCCAUUUUGUUACUCAAAUGAAAAUCCAAACUGAGGACAAUCAUUUUGGGACAGAGGGAGUAUUUAAAAAAUUUAUGCCUAUAUACAAUUCAUCUGGGAUUGGAUAUGCAGGGUGACAUAAGGAUUUUUAUCUUCUUUCUGCAAUUAAAUUUGAAGUACGAUGGUAAUUGUAGUCCCCAAGUUUGAUUUUUCAGUUGGCAUGUGUUCCAGUAGCAGAUAUUGCCUAAUAGUAGAAAACCUUCCAUAUCACUCAUGCCCGUUACUUUCACCUUUGUGUCUAUCAUGAGAUCUUAUAUAACUUGUAUGGUUAUUAUUUGUGCAAACGAAACAGAGGUUUCUUUUCAUUGCAGCUGAUGCUCUGUAAAUGUAACCAAAUGGCAACUACAGAUGGGGAGAGAGAGAGGUAUAUACAUUGUAGUGGCCUAAGUUGUAACAAAAUCAUUAGUCCCUUGAUUUUCUAUCUAGGUUAUGAUCAUGAAACAUUAUAUUAUGAUUCAGUCACUAGAACUCUGGUGUUUGGCAGAUUUACCUACUGUUGUUGAUCUUUUAAAAUGUAGUUCUGCAGAAAAUAGUCCUGACUCCUGAGUAGAACUUGCGAUGAUAUGGAUUCUAAGAACCAUUUUAAUAUCUUUUGAUUCUAUAGUUUGAUCAGACGCUAAUAAACAGUUUUAGUGACUUCGAUGUGGAACAUUGUUUUACAUCUACGGAACAUCUUUUGAUUCUGGCUUACUGGUGGAACUCGCAAGUGUACCAAACUCAACUCCCCUCCCCAACCAGUUUGGGUGUAUGAUCGUUUGGGUUUAUGAUCGUUUUCUUCAUCUAUUGAGAAUGAUGUCAUCGAACAUACAAAUGUAGGUAUUGCUCCUGGGAAUUUCUCUCAAAGAGGAGCCAUCUCUUGCACUAGUUGUAAAUAUCAAUUUCUUGUGAAUCUCACUAGGUCGUGUCUCAGUCUAUGUUUGAAAAAACACACGAAUACAUUGGUGCUUGUUAUAUCACCCUUUGUAGAAAAAUACUUUUUAUCCUCUUGUAUCAAAACAAGAUAUCGUGCUUGUUUGGACGUCAUCUUACAUUUCAUUUUGCCACUUAAAAGUAGAAAGUGUUUCAAGUUGAAGACUAAAUAGGAAAUGAAAA